AGCAAGCAGCAGCAAGCAGGAGCUGGAAGCAGGGUCUUAGUUUCCCAGACUGGGAGUCCUUACCACUGGACCACAGGAGCCAGCAGUUAGGGCUAAGGUGCCUAGUCUCGCCUGCCCAGUCAAGAACUAAUUCAGUGAGAAGAGUGGCAGCAGAAACAUGCACCUAGAGAACAAAGACGGCAGGCUGACCUCUGGCAUGCUGGAGAUGGAGCUGCAUCAGACAUCUGCUUCCACGAGCGCUGGCCUGGGAGGGUCAGGGCUGGUGGAACUCAACACCAGCAACCGCCGGCCACAGCAAGGAGUUGGCAAGGCAGAUUCCCUGAGCCCCUACCACAGUGGGGCUGUUGGGCAGAGCUGCUGGGCUCCUGUGGACCAGGAUUUUGGCUCAUUCCUCAAGGAGCAGAGGUCUCACCCUCCUUUCUCCCAGGUCUUCAGCUCCAGGUCUAAAGACCCCUGCUUUACAGAAAGCACUCCUUUGCUGAGGAAUUUCUCACAAGAAAAAGGGUCAUGGUGCAUGCCCAUUUGCCACCCAGAGUUCAUUACUGGUGAAGAAUCUUGGGAGGACAGCUCAGCUGAGUGGGAGAGAAGAUGCCUGCUAAGCAGAGAAUUGGCAGGUUCCUCUGAAUCCGCCUCCUUAGAGAAGGGGGAGCUUCUGGACAGUGCUCGCUUCAGGUUCCGUCUUGCCGAACUGAGGUGCUGUGUGCGGUGGCUAAAAGUUGCAGGCUUAUUUGUCUUUGUGGUGCUGUGCUCUAUUUUAUUUAGCCUGUAUCCAGAUCAAGGAAAGCUCUGGCAGUUGCUGGCUGUGUCACCGCUGGAAAGCUACUCUGUGAACCUCAGCAGCCGUGCAGAUUCCAUGCUGCUCCAGGUGGACCUGGCAGGGGCCUUGGUGGCCAGUGGCCCAAGUCGUCUCGGGAGAGAAGAGCACGUGGUGGUGGAGGUGACCCAGGCUAACACUGCAGGCUCCAGGCGGCGGCGGCCACAGCAGGUCACUCAUAACUGGACGAUAUUUUUAAACCCAAGCAGAAGUGAGCACGUGGUGGUGAGCAGGACAUUUGAGGUUCUUAGCAGAGAGCCUGUUUCCAUCAGCGUCCGAGCCUCCCUCCAGCAGACCCAGAUUGUUCCUCUUCUGAUGACUCAUCAGUACCUCCGCGCAAGUGUUGAAGCACAAGUGACCAUUGCUGCGGUCAUCCUCGCUGGGGUCUACGUGCUAAUUAUAUUUGAGAUUGUUCACAGAACACUAGCAGCCAUGUUGGGGUCUCUUUCAGCUUUAGCAGCACUGGCUGUGAUUGGUGAUAGACCCAGCCUGACCCAUGUGGUGGAGUGGAUUGAUUUUGAGACUCUGGCCCUGCUGUUCGGCAUGAUGAUCUUAGUAGCCAUAUUUUCAGAAACUGGAUUUUUUGAUUAUUGUGCUGUAAAGGCAUACCAGUUGUCCCGAGGAAGAGUGUGGACCAUGAUCUUCAUGCUGUGUCUCAUUGCUGCUGUCCUUUCUGCCUUCCUGGACAAUGUCACAACAGUGCUCCUCUUCACUCCCGUGACCAUAAGAUUGUGUGAGGUGCUCAACCUUGAUCCAAGACAAGUCCUGAUUGCAGAAGUGAUCUUCACAAACAUUGGGGGAGCUGCCACUGCCAUUGGGGACCCACCAAAUGUCAUGAUUGUUUCCAACCAGGAGUUGAGGAAGAUGGGUCUGGACUUCGCUGGGUUUACAGCACACAUGUUUGCUGGGAUUUGCUUCGUUCUCUUGUUCUCCUUUCCACUCCUCAGACUCCUUUACUGGAACAAAAAGCUCUAUAACAAGGAACCCAGUGAGAUCGUUGAGCUGAAGCAUGAGAUCCACGUCUGGCGUCUGACGGCACAGCACAUCAGCCCAGCCAGCAGGGAGGAGACAGCAGUUCGAGGUCUGCUCCUGGGGAAGGUGCGGGCACUGGAGCGCCUGCUGGCCCAGAGGCUGCACAGCUUCCACAGACAGAUCUCACAGGAAGAUAAAAAUUGGGAGACCAAUAUCCAGGAGCUACAAAGAAAGCACAGGAUAUCAGAUAAGACUUUGCUCGCCAAAUGCCUGACAGUGUUGGUAUUUGUUAUCUUCAUGUUUUUUCUCAAUUCAUUUGUCCCUGGUGUUCAUCUUGAUCUUGGGUGGAUUGCUAUUCUAGGUGCCAUCUGGUUGCUAAUUUUAGCUGAUAUCCAUGAUUUUGAGAUAAUUCUACACAGAGUGGAAUGGGCAACCCUUCUGUUCUUUGCAGCACUCUUUGUUCUGAUGGAGGCAUUGGCACAUCUCCACUUAAUAGAAUAUGUCGGAGAACAGACUGCUUUGCUAAUAAAGAUGGUCCCAGAAGAUCAGCGCCUUACAGCUGCCAUCAUCCUGGUGGUCUGGGUCUCAGGCAUCACAUCCUCCCUGAUUGACAACAUCCCAUUCACUGCUACUAUGAUUCCCGUGCUCCUAAACCUGAGCAGAGACCCUGAUGUCAGCCUUCCUGCCCCACCACUCAUGUAUGCGCUGGCCCUUGGUGCCUGUCUGGGAGGUAAUGGGACACUGAUUGGAGCAUCAGCAAAUGUGGUUUGUGCAGGAAUUGCAGAACAGCAUGGAUAUGGAUUCUCUUUCAUGGAAUUUUUCAGGCUGGGCUUUCCAAUGAUGGCUGUCUCCUGCAUGGUGGGGAUGUGUUACCUCCUUGUUGCUCAUGUCGUGAUGGGAUGGAAUUAGUAGAUAUACAAUGUAUGAAGACUAAGGGAAACUUGACCCAUCAUCAAUGUCAGUAGAAAACUGCCACAAAACCACUCUUUGGAGAAAAAAAGGUGCUUACCAUGGGGGUGCUCUGGAAUGGAGAUUUUGCUAUCUACAUUCUUAUUUGGGUGAAGCUGUGAUAAAUACAAGAUAACUUACCCAAGAUUCUACUAUAGGAAAAUGUGUAUAUUUCAAUAUAUAUCUUGCUCUGUUCUAUAGGAAAAGACACAAAAGGCUUGUGUUGUUUAAAUGUCACUUCUCCUGAAGUGACUGCUUUCCUUCACAUUUAACUUCACAUAUAAUUCCUUCACAUCUAACUUUUUAUGUUAAAAUAUUAAGAAUUCAAAUUGUGUAUACUCCUAAUGCAUACUUUUCUUGGGAAGGGCAUACAAUUUGUAAGGAAACAUUAAAAAUAUUUAAAACAUACUGCCCCUUGAGAAAAGGUCUUAGAAUUGGUUAGUCUCUUAGUUUUCGGUAGAGGAACUGUUGAUCUUGUCCACAUAGGUCUGCUCCUGUGGAUACAGCAGGACAAGUAGAAGGAGAGUAAAUCUGAAUGGGCAGAUGGAAGAUACUUAGCUCUGUACACCAUUUUCGUUCUUCAGCAAAUGAAAAAAAUGUUCAUGUCUGCAAUAAAAGAAACAAUGAAAGUGCCACCAGAUUUUCUAUCAAGUUUGUCAAUUCUCCUUACACUGUCUCCAAAAUUAAUAGGUAAAUGAUCCAGUACCUAUUAAAUCCUAUUUCAUAAUGACAGAAAGAGACAGCACUGAAGGAACAAAUGGCUUUUCUAUGAAUGUUGAAACGGCAGAGUUAAACAUUGUUCUGAUGCCUCAUGUAUAAACCCUGAAGGUCCAAGGACCAUGGGGACACACAGUCUGAAUUCAAGAUAAAGAGUGUUCUUCUACUGCAUAUGAAGAUCAUGUCCUUCUUGAGUUGCAUUAGAAGCUAUGUGCAGGUUUGAAAAGCACCUCUAUCCAGAUUAAGGCCAUGUGCAGGCAGGGGUGGAGGGACAGGUAGCCAAGCAACAGAUACAACUGCCAUGGGAAUUGGAAUCACUUCCUCUUGCAAUUUGUGGGUGCCUUGCAGAUCUUGGGCCCCAGUCUCCUAAACACCACAUAACAGAAGACAAUGUGCAUGCCUAACUUUAUGGAUCAGUUGGUUAGAGGAUAUUUGGUUUACAGCACACAGUUCAACUUUGUCUGGUGGCAAUGUUUCCCACAAUAAGGUCUUCAAUCUGUAGAAGGGCCCAGUAGCAGCCAAGAGCUGCUUUUACAGUGAAGACUAGUAGUCAGAAUGGGAGGGUGUGGACCUUAUCCAGCCAUUCAUGCUCUGCAUUGUGAUAUCCCCAUUGAGGUCAGCCAGAGACACUGGGACUCCUUCAAUGUGCUAUGCCAUUGAGAAGGCCCAAUUGGCAAGGCAGCUUGCUUGACAGCGGGGCCUGCUGUAGGAAUUUUAUUUGGUUGAGUGUCCCUCAAAAUUUGCAGCUUCAGGAGGUCAUCUGGUAAUGGGUUGGAGUAGCUUCUCCAAUGUGUUAUAUGUUUCCUACAAGAUUGAAAAUGGACCUCCAAGAAUUGUAUUUUUUAAUUUUUGUGUGUGAUUAGUGCAAUUUGUCUCUCACUUUGCAGGGUAAUUUUAAGUCACUGAUUGGUAUUAGCCUUUAAAUUUUCCAUUGAGAAAGGAAAUUGAGAUGGUGUAUUUUUUUUUUGUUUUACUCUCUUGGUAUGGAUGAGAAGCUUCCUAAUAUAAAAGAGAACAAAUUUGGA